GGAUUAUAUUUAAUAUUAUUAUUAGUUGUGAUAUAAAUCAAAAGUCUAUUUAUUAGUAAUAAUAAUAAUAAUUAUUAUAAUUAUAAAUUGCAUUCAAUUAUUGUAUAGAUUUUCAGGUUUGCAAUAAAAAAAAUCACAACAAAUGUCUGCAAAACUGUUGGGUUUGUUAUCGCAAACGUCGGCCAAGAGGUCACUGUUUAUCGGCAACAACUUUAUCGGCCACAAUAGGUCUCAAUGGUCUCACAUGCGAUGUCUGUCCACUGGCCGUCGUACUCACGUUAACUAUGAGAUCAAGGAUGGCAUAGCUGUUGUCAAGUUUGAUUCACCCAAUGCACGGGUCAACAGUCUGUCGCGGGAAGUGAUGAGCGACGCCGAAGCCGUCUUCAAUGAGAUUUCGACCUCAAGCGCAGUCGGUGUUGUCCUCAUAUCGGGAAAACCUGACUGUUUUAUAGCCGGAGCCGACAUAACAAUGUUGGAGAAGUGCAAAUCUGCUCAAGAGAUCGAGGAGUUGUCCAGAGGUGGACACGUGUUUCUCGAUAGACUCGCCAAAAGUCCGAAACCAAUAGUGGCGGCGAUUAUGGGUUCAUGUCUUGGCGGUGGUCUGGAAGUGGCACUCGCAGCACAAUACAGGAUAGCUGUCAAAAAUAAGAAAACAAGUCUCGGAUUACCUGAAGUAAUGUUAGGCUUAUUGCCCGGCGGUGGCGGUACUCAACGUUUGCCACAAUUGAUUAAUGUCCCCGAAUCACUCAGUAUGAUGUUAACGGGCAAAAUGGUUAAAGCGGACAAAGCCCGCAAAUUAGGUCUAGUUGAUCAACUUGUUUCACCAUUAGGUCCGGGUCUUAAGCCGCCCGAAGUGCGAACGUUAGAGUACUUGGAGGAAGUGGCCAUCGAAACUGCGAAACAAUUAGCCAGCGGUAAACUUAAGAUUAAUAGAAAGCGACCGCUGAGUGAAAGAGUACUACGUGCAGCCAUUGGUAUCCAAUUUAUUCGCGACAAGAUUUUUGAUAAGGCCAGAGGACAAGUCAUGAAACUAACUAAUGGUUUAUAUCCAGCACCACUUAAGAUAUUAGAAGUGGCUAAGACUGGUCUAGAAAAAGGUCAACCUCAUGGAACUGAAGCCGAGAUUAAAGGUUUUGGAGAACUGAGUCAAACGACACACUCAAAAGCAUUGAUUGGUUUAUUUCACGGACAAACACUUUGCAAGAAAAAUAAGUUUGGAAAACCAACCAAAGAACCGAAAACAGUGGCCGUAUUAGGAGCUGGUUUGAUGGGAGCGGGUAUCGCACAGGUAUCCAUUGAUAAGGGUUAUCAAACUAUUUUGAAGGACGUUUCAACUUCUGGAUUAGCUCGAGGAGAGGGGCAGAUUAGGGGUGGUUUUGACACAAAAGUGAAGAGGAAGAGACUGACGGCGAAUGAACGUGACGUCUAUAUGUCUAAUCUAUUGACAACAUUAGACUAUAAAAACUUUAAAAAUGUUGAUCUCGUAAUUGAAGCUGUUUUUGAAGAUCUGAAAAUAAAACACAAAGUAGUGCAAGAAGUCGAACAACACAUACGCGACGAUUGUAUUUUUGCCUCCAAUACAUCGGCUCUACCGAUCGGUAAAAUAGCUGAAGCCAGCAAACGACCCGAAAAUUUUAUUGGAAUGCAUUACUUUUCACCCGUCGAUAAAAUGCAAUUACUUGAAAUCAUAACAACCGAUAAGACAUCCAAAGAGGCUUCGGCUGCAGCCGUAGCUGUUGGUCUCAAACAAGGAAAGGUUGUGAUUGUUGUCAAAGAUGGGCCCGGAUUUUACACAACAAGAUGUUUGGCACCCGUCAUGUCUGAAGUGAUGAGACUUAUGCAGGAAGGCGUAACUCCUAAAGAAUUGGAUGCACUAACUCGUGCUUAUGGUUUUCCAGUGGGUGCGGCAACUCUUGUCGAUGAGGUUGGUAUCGAUGUGGCCGCACAUGUUGCCGAAGAUCUGGGCAAAGUGUUUGCUGAACGUUUUGCCGGUGCAAACAUUGAAGUACUUAGAGAAAUGGUUGCAUCGGGUUUCACAGGACGAAAAGGUGGAAAGGGAUUCUAUAUCUACACUCCGGGCGUCAAAAAAAGGGAAUUGAAUGACAAAGCUUUAGAUAUAUUAAAGAAAUAUCACAUUCCGCCGAAACACAAAUGUACUCAAGAGGAACACCAGAUGAGACUUGGCGUCAGGUUUGUCAACGAAGCCGUUCUCUGUCUACAGGAAGGCAUACUCGAUAAUCCGCUUGAAGGAGACAUCGGAGCCGUUUUUGGUUUAGGCUUUCCCCCGUUUCUGGGCGGACCCUUCCGUUAUGCCGAUACACACGGAGCCGGAAAAAUAGUUGAUUGGCUCAAAAAGUUUACCGAUGACUACGGACCACAAUUCAAGCCGUGCCAACUGCUUAUCGAUCACGCAAAUGAUCCGUCAAAGAAGUUUCAUAUAUCCAAAUGAGUUUUCAACUGAUUGAUCAGUUUUAUCAUUGUUUUUAUAAAAAUUAGUUAAAGCUAUUAAUAUUAAAUAUCAUUUACGGUAAAUGAUGAUAAAUAAGUAAUGCAAAUUGCGGUGCAUUAUAAAAAAAUAAAUGAUAUAUUUUUAGCGAGUUUUAUUAAA